AUGCGUUCCCUCAGUGCUAGUGCCAAGACAAGUACCAAAACCUGGCGGGAUAACGAGUUGGAGAAAUUCCUUGCUAAAAGAAAAGCAACGGACAAUGCUGCAGUCGAAGACGAUACGACUAAGGUGCCUCCCAGUACGAGGACAAGGGAACUGUUGAAGAACAUUCUUGAUGGUGUGGCGAUAAAUAGCGAACUCACUGAUAUGACUAGCAUACAGAGGCUUGAUAUGGACCCUGCCACUUCACGGUUCCUCCUCGGGCACCCAGAGAGCCUUCCUGAUCCGGGAGCUUCCGAUGCGGCCUACGCACCGGAGAUUGACCCGAUGUCGAAGAACCCUGCGGAGGUGCUCGCCUUGUCCAGUCCAGUGCAGAAGCAAAGAAAAGGAGUCUUUGCCUUUUUGCAACCAAGAGUGCGGCGUGCAGCUACUCGUGGAGCCGGUGGUCAGUUUGCUUUAACAGUGAGGUUGACCUCACUUGGGGAGGACGUUUUCAAUGGCACUCUGUAUAGAAGCUACAAUUCUCAAGCUGCACUCGGUGUCUAUGAUGAUCAGUGA